AUGCGGAGCAUAAUUCAUUUUCUAUCGCAGAGCCAUAGAAGUGGACACUCGAUUCGGAAUUUGAGAGACACUAUCAGUGAUUACGUAUUUGAGGUUGAAUCGGCAAAACAUCUUUUUUGCAUCCACCGGCGUCCCAACCCAGAAUUCUAUUACGAUAGAACGGUUUUGAGCAUUCCUGGAAGAUCCGUGCAGCGAAGGAGCGCAUUUCCGUGUGUCCUGAUCGUUUCGGAUAGUGAGGAUGAUGCCAACUAUGCAUUUGAACAUCUCUGCCGAGAACAGAGAAAAUUGAAAUGUCGAAGACCUGGUGUGCAACUGCUAAACGAAAAUUCAAAUUUUGUCAAUUUAAACACAGCGGGCGUCAUGAUCGGAUCUGUGCACAGUAUUUUCAGAUGGCUAAACUUUCUAACCGUGGAACGCAGAGGUCAUGAGCUACAAAAAUCGUUGAAAUUUGUGAUAAUCAACAAUGCGGAAAAAAUCAUCCUUAUUCCGCAAUUGAACAGUUUUCUUUAUAAAAUCUCCGAGUUUUCCGAAACUUCCCGGAUCAAAAUGCUUUUCAUGUACGGGUUUGCCGCAACGCAGACUGCUCCGCUUCUCGAUGUAAUCCGUUCCUGCCAAACAGUUACGAGUAGUGAAAUGUUCAUCGAAGUCGACAAGCCGAGAGAGCGGAAUUUCAUCAAACAAGUGAAAUUCUUGUUAGCAACUCCAGCCGAAGAUUAUGCUAAUGAGAAAGCAGCGCAAGCAUUUUCCAAAGGAAAAUCCCUUCCGGACGAACUUCUAGCUCUAUAUACUACUGUGAUGACUCCCCAUGCGCAAAAAUUGAACUUCUGCUAUAUGUUAAUCGAGAAACUGAGAAACGAAAGAGAACGUUUUAAUAUGAAUCGAGCAAAUAAGCGGAGAGAACGUAUUCUCAUUGUUACGAAGAAUUCGAAAGUAGCAACGACAGUUACGAUGUAUCUUAAAGAGAGAUCUUUGAAGAAAGUUAGUGCCAACGGCCAAAGAAAGGGCUUCAGUGUGAAUUGUAUAUUAACACAGGACUCUGUUGAGAAUGUUGAGAAACGAAAUUUUGAAUUCCGCCAUGGAAGUUUGGAUGUUCUUGUUAUCAAUUGGAAGUCCAUCAACGAUGUAGUCAUGUCGGUUGGAAACCUAAGCGGAGAAUCGGUUCUCAUCAUGAAUGCCCGAGAAUCAACUGGUGAUGCUGAAGAUGCUCUAUCCCAGUUGAUUAAAAUUAUCGACGAUAAUGAAGGCAAGAAUCGUGUGCUGAUUUUCUGCGAAGACACGAAAUGUCGAAAGUUGGUGCUAACAUUGUACGGAAAACGAAUCGAGAGCAACAUCUUCAUAGAAGAAAUGCAUACAGAUAAGCGUAUCGUUGAGGAAGAAAUCAAAAAGUUCGAUAGAAGCAAAGUGGCAGUGUGCAGCUACGCGGCUUUCAAGCUCAUGAACUUGCCAUUAGUCGAAAAGUAUGUCUUUCUCGAGCUACCAACAUGGAGAAAAUCGACAUUCUCCAAAACCCUCAAAUCGAUCGAAAAAUUAGUUCAUGAUAAGGAUCGUAAACCGCAUUUAGAGAUUUUCCUCCAACCCAAAAAUGAUCUGUCUAUGACAAAGUCGGUUUUCGUUGAGAUGAAAGAGCGCAGAGCCAUCCCCAUUUGGCUGGAGGAUUUUAUUAUCAAAACAUUCGGUACACCGGAGCUUCGUCAGAGGUACUUGGAGAGAAAGGCCGAGAAAGCAAAACAAAACAAUACAAUUACGUCUAAUAACAAGGAAAUCCAAACUGAAGAGAGAAAACUCGACGCUCCUAGAUUGUCUGAGACAUCGUCCACUUCUGAAAGCAACCAGUCUUCUGUAAACCCGCCAGUUGAACGUCCAGAGAGAGUCCGCGAAGAGCCUUUCGAUAUUCAUAAUAUGCAGCCAAAUGCACAAGGAAACUAUGUGAUCCCAGCGCGUUUCAUUGCUGCUAGCUACUUAAAUGGUGGCGAUGAAGACGGAGAAGAAUACGCAGACGAUGACAACUAUUCUGAAGACGAUUACGAUUACAACGAAGACGAUAUGAUGGAUGAUUUAGACUAUGAAUAA